AAUUUGUCAUACCUAUGGCAUACCUCUGGCAUAUGCACACAACAGAUUAUUUUUGUUUGUAAUACAAUUGGUGAUUCAGUAAAACUUGUUCAGUUUGGUCAAUCAAACUCAAAUUAAUGCAAAUUGAAUAGACUGUGCUAUUGACAUCUAAAUAGUUUCCACAGAGGUAUGUACUGUAUGUGAACUAUCAUUUUAUCAAUCUAAUUUGUACUUUAUAAAGACAGUAAUUGUUAAAAAUGUUUCUAUGUUGCUUUAUUUUCCCUUGAGAUUAAAAUGCUUUUGUAAAUGGCAAUGCUUUUUAAAAUGUUUGUUGUAUGAGGUAAUUGUGAAGCCGUAUAGAGUCAUGAUCUACACCAAUGUCACCGUCUUUACUGAAUUCUACCUGCUGGGAUUUCCAGGACUCCAUCCACAAUAUUAUGGAGCUGUGGGAACCCUUUUGUUAUUUGUCUACUUGACACUGGCAGGUGGAAAUAUCUUUAUUAUUUCUUUUAUUUCUUAUGAGAGAAGCCUUCAGAAACCCACCUAUUUAAUCUUCUGUAAUCUUGCUGUGUGUGAUCUUGCUUUUGGAACUGUCACGCUGCCUAAAGCCAUUGCAAAAUACUUUUUUAAUAGCAGUGAGAUAUCAUUUUAUAGUUGCUUAGUGCAGAUGUUUUUUGUUCACUACUUAGGGAGUAUCACCUCUUUCCUGAUGCUAUUAAUGGCCAUUGAUCGGUUUGUUGCAGUGUGUAACCCAUUGAGAUACUGUGUCCUUAUUACGAACAAAACUAUUGUUAUGGCAUGUGCUGUGAUUUGGGCAAUCUGUAUAUCAUGGAUGUCAAUCAUUGUUUUGAAUGCCUUCAAUGAACCCUACUGCUCUUCUAAUGUAAUAACCCAGAAUCACUGUGACCAAAAUUCAAUUAUCAAUCUGUCUUGUGGAGAUGUAAGGCAGAAAAAGUUUGUUUCAUUUUCAUGUGCUAUGUUUGUUCUUUUGGGCCCUUUAAUUUUCAUUAUAUUUUCUUUUAUGGCCAUCAUCACAUGUGUUUUUAAAAUCUCAGACAUUCAAGCCCGAUAUAAAACAUUCUCAACUUGCACUCCUCAGCUUCUUAUCAUUUGCCUGUACUAUGUGCCCAGAUGUGUUGUUUAUGUGCAUGAUGUGAUAAAUGUGAACAUCUCACCUGGCAUCCGGGUUAUGUUAGUAAUGUGGUACAGUCUGCUCCCACCUGUUGUCAAUCCCAUGAUAUACUGCUUCAGAACCAAGGAUAUCAAAGAUGCAUUAAAGAAAAAAAUUAGAGAUAUGAAAGUGAGCAUAUGAACAGGACAGCAUAUGAAUACACAUUUGUAAAAAGAAAAAAAUAAAUAAA